CCGUUCAAGGUCGUUCAAGGAGAUACGAUGAGUUACUCGCCGAACAUCAAAAGAAAAAAGCUGCAGAACGUCCGCAAAAAGAAGCUGCAAUGUUAAAUAAUAGGCAAGAUAAUAAGAUCGAUGACUCGGAAAGAGAUGUCCCUGUAAUCGAUUCAGAUGCAGAAGUUGAUGCCGUCAUGGAAGCAACAAUGU